AUGGAAUAUUGCGGAGCUGGAUCGGUUACAGACUUGGUGAAAUGCACGAAAGGAUUGAGCUUAAAAGAAGAGUGGAUUGCAUACAUAUGCCGAGAGAUUUUACGGGUACUUCAAAAUUUUCAUUGCGACAUUGGGUUGUCGCAUUUGCAUUCGAACAAGGUCAUACAUCGCGACAUCAAAGGUCAGAACGUUCUGCUGACGGACAAUGCGGAAGUAAAGUUAGUUGAUUUCGGUGUUAGUGCCCAAUUGGAUCGCACAGUCGGUCGACGGAACACGUUUAUUGGAACUCCUUACUGGAUGGCACCGGAAGUGAUCGCCUGCGACGAAAAUCCAGAUGCCACAUAUGAUUCGCGAAGUGACUUGUGGUCAUUAGGAAUCACGUCACUUGAAAUGUCCGAAGGUCAACCGCCAUUGUGUGACAUGCAUCCAAUGCGAGCGUUGUUUCUGAUUCCUCGCAACCCGCCGCCUCGUUUGAAAAAUCCUAAAAAAUGGUCCAAAAAGUUUCAUUCAUUUAUCGAGACCGUGCUUGUAAAAGAUUAUCACCAGAGGCCUUACACCGACCAGCUGCUGAAGCAUCCAUUUAUUCGCGAUCAACCGAUGGAACGCCAGGUGCGAAUCGCCAUCAAAGAUCACCUAGAUCGACACCGUCGCCUCACGCGAAGAGAUGAAACCGAAUAUGAAUACAGCGGAAGCGAAGAUGAGGGUGAAAAUGUUCGGCAGCAAAAGCCGCCAGAUUUUGUCAAGGAAGGAUUGUCGAGUUCGGCUUUGGCGAUGCAUGACGACAACACCCUGCGAAAGCAUUUUCUUAAACUGCAAGAAGGUCGCUCGGUGUUCGAAUCGUCCGGUCCGCAGUCAGUGAAAAGCCAAGCUCAGCCCCCUUCUGGACCCCCGUCAUCGAAGCAUGUACCGUUUGCUCAUCGUAACAUUGGUCCGGUCAUCGCCGCUCCUUCCGGAGGACCCGCGUUGCCUAGAAACCGGCUACAGCACAUCGAGGUGCGACAUCGGCAACCACUACCGCACAACCAGCCACACCUGCGGGAAAGACCUCACUCGCAUCACCACCCAUCUCCUGCCAGGACAGUGAAUCAGUCUCCUGGACAACUGAAUCAUAACAUAUCUUCUUCGUCCACUUCCCCUUUAUUUACUGCCAAUAAUUCUGAAUUCGAAGGUGCUUCCGUCACAGCAAACAUGCCUGCCAAUAUACCGCAUAACUUAGUUAGUAAUCAGCAGCAUCGAUCUCGUCCACUUCUUCCAGGACAUUCUCAAGGUGCGGCCGCCGCAUACCUGCAACCAAAACGAAAGCAUUCAGCGCCCGUACUGAAUCGAAGACCUGACGAUCUUGAUUUGCUCGCUGCCGAAUUGUCUCAGAUGGGCGCUCACAAAUCGUCUGCGCUCCCAGGCGAUCAGAAUUCUAGUCAGAUUACUGUGCUAGACGAUUCACCUCCUCUGCCGCCACCCAGAGAAUCGUCAAUUUCUGUGCCGAAUGGUGCCAUGAGCAAAGAGUUAGAAGAUGAGUUAGAGUCACCGGUGCACAACGACGGAACUCUAUCUGCGUCUGAACCUCCGCGUCCAUUACCGGAGUACGAGGCUGGUGACGUUGCCAGCGAAGCUACUCACGCGUCGACUUCCGAACUGAAUUCGCCUGAAAGCCAGGUUAUGGAGUUCAUCCAUAACAACAACAAGCCGUUGCCACCAACUCCUACUGAUAGUUCGCCGGGUGAAGACGGGGGCACGAUGGUGAUGCGGUGCAACUCCAACAAGGAUGGUAAGUCUGGUGAUAAAUUGAAUGCAAAUUCAAGUUCGUCCAGUGAGAAUUCGCCGCUAGCAUCGAGGCCCAAAUUCUCGUCCUCGUCGACUCAAAUGAACAAGCUGAUAUCGUCGACUAGCAACGCGGCUUCAUCCAGUUCGUCGGGUGGCGAUGGCAGCGGCGAGCGGGGAAGCGUGCUUGUCAACCACCGAUCGUCGAUCGUACUUCCCGAUCUGUUACCGAAGUCGCGCACGUCUCCCGACGACCGCGACGAACCGAACGAGCAUCGCCCCUCGUCGCAGACCACGUCACAUGCGCUGCAGCGCAAGGAGAAGUCGUUCGUCGCUUUUGGUUUUGGCGCCACUGGCACUGUUGAGCGGCCGGGCAGAGCGGCGCGUGAUGCCACUGAGGUGAACGUCAAUGUGAACCCGACCAACACUCAUACCGAAAGCGAUGCACCAGAAAUCAGGAAAUACAAAAAGAAGUUUUCGAGCGAAGUUCUGUGCGCAGCCCUUUGGGGAGUGAACCUGCUGAUCGGCACUGAUAACGAGUUGGUGCUGUUGGACCGCAGCGGUCAGGGCAAAGUUUACCAUCUGAUUAGCCGACGACGCUUUGACCAGAUGGCCGUUUUGGAGGGUCAAAAUAUACUCGUAACCAUUAGUGGCAAGAAACAUAGGGUUCGAGUGUACUACCUUUCAUGGUUGAAGCAGAAGAUAUUGCGUUCUGAAGCUACCGAAAAACGAAACGGUUGGGUGAAUGUUGGUGACCUGCAAAAUGCAAUCCACUUCAAGAUUGUCAAGUACGAGCGAAUCAAGUUUUUGGUCGUCGGUUUGCAGAAUUCGAUCGAGAUCUACGCUUGGGCGCCAAAGCCGUACCACAAGUUUAUGGCUUUCAAAUCAUUCGGUCAGCUGACGCACCAGCCGCUCAUUGUCGACCUGACGGUUGAGGAGAAUGCGCGCCUUAAAGUGCUUUAUGGGUCUAGCGAAGGAUUUCAUGCCAUAGAUUUAGAUUCAGCGUCAAUUUAUGAUAUACACAUGCCGAAAAACGUUCAAGGUUACAUUGCGCCGCAUUGUAUAGUGAUUCUGUCCAACACUAACGGGAUGCAGCUGUUGCUGUGCUACGACAAUGAAGGUGUUUAUGUGAACACCUACGGAAAAAUCACGAAAAACAUUGUGCUUCAGUGGGGCGAGAUGCCAUCUUCGGUCGCCUACAUAUCCACCGGCCAGAUAAUGGGAUGGGGAAACAAAGCGAUUGAAAUCCGUUCGGUCGAAACUGGUAAUUUGGAUGGGGUGUUUUUUUCUUCGGCGAAAAGUGCUGGAUCAUGUCAGAUAUACUUCAUGACUCUGAACAAACCGGGCAUUUCCAACUGGUAG